UGGUGAUGAAAAAUUUCAGCGCAUACUUUGCGCUCUGUUGCUCUGUCAGUGUUUGACCUGUGGUUGCUAGAGAGGCAAAUGUUUUGUUUACUUCCGGGGUUGUCUCCCGAGUCACAGAAACACAGCAGACAGCCCUUGUCUGACUGAGAAAAUUAUAGAAAUAUGGCAGGGGAGGCAGAGGACGAGAUACCUGACUCGGGGGCUGUCUUCACCUUUGGAAAAAGCAAGUUUGCAGACAACGUUCCUAGCAAAUUCUGGUUGAAAAACGACAGGGCGGUCCGCAUUUCCUGUGGGGAUGAACAUACAGCGCUUGUAACAGACAAUGGCAAGCUGUACAUGUUUGGCAGCAAUAAUUGGGGUCAGCUGUGUCUGGGAACAAAAAACACCGUCAACAAGCCCACGUGUGUGAAAGCUUUAAAAUCUGAAAAUGUUAAGCUGACAGCAUGUGGAAGAAAUCACACAAUCGUGUACACAGCUAAAGGGAAUAUAUACACUGCGGGAGGCAAUAAUGAAGGGCAGCUGGGCCUGGGCGACACAGAGGAGAGAACAUCUUUCCAUCAGGUAGACUUCUUCACAGGACAGUGUAAGAUCAAACAGCUGGCAGCAGGAUCGAACAUCUCUGCAGCACUGGCAGAGGACGGAAGACUUUUUAUGUGGGGUGAUAACUCUGAAGGUCAGAUUGGCCUUGGCAACGAGAGCCAUGUGUGUGUUCCUCAUGAAGUAGAUGUUGGGAAGCCAGUUACGUGGGUCUCCUGUGGAUACUAUCACUCCGCUCUCGUAACAGCUGAUGGAGAGCUGUACACAUUUGGAGAGUCUGACCACGGAAAGCUAGGACUACCCCCAGAACAGUUAAAUAACAACAGAGUUCCACAGCUGGUCCAGGGAAUUUCUGCACAAGUUACUCGGGUCGUCUGUGGUGGUGGGCACACAGUAGCACUUACAGAUGAUGAUGUGUACACAUUUGGCCUUGGUCAGUUUGGACAGUUGGGCCAUGGCACUUUUACUUUUGAGUCUGCCCUACCGAAGGCUGUGGAACACUUCAGAAAAAGGAAAGUGAGCCACAUAGCGUGUGGAGAGAACCAUACAGCUGUAAUAACAGACAAUGGCCUUCUUUAUACCUUUGGAGAUGGACGACAUGGCAAGCUGGGACUUGGGGAUGAGAACUUUACCAACCAGUUCAAGCCGACGCUCUGCUCCAGGUUUCUCAAGUACACAGUACAGUCUGUUUCCUGUGGAGGAUGUCACAUGCUGGUCCUUGCUGCGCCAAGACCUCAAGGCUAUGAGGAAGUGACUCUCCAGCAGGAUGAUAUAACUGAGAACUAUCUGGAGAAAUCCUACAGUGAGCUUUUAGGCAAUCCUUCAACACCCAGCACAUUGAGCAGGACAUUAUCUGCACGAGUGAGGCGGAGAGAAAGGGAGCGCUCUCCGGAUCAGUUUGGGAGGAUGCUGCGCACGCUGCCCGCUCUGGCACCAGGUUUCCUGAACUCCUCUUUGCCCGUCACCAGCCGCUCAAUUCCAGCCAGAUUACCCAGCAUGGACAUACCUGCUUCCAUGGAAGCUAAUGGAAUUCACCGUCCACAAGAGUCUAGAGACAAAAGCGUCAAGGGAAAUGGGUCCAAUGAAAGAACAUCUGUGGAGGAGGACUCUGACGGUGACAAUGAAAAAGAACUGGGAAACACCACUGAUUUAUUAAACAUGACCCACAUAAUGCAGCUGAACCCCAGUGACAAGUCAUUAACGUUAUCGCCGGUUCAGAAGCAGAAGAAUCUACAGCACAAAUCUGAGGAGGAGAGUGAGGAAGAGGAGAAUGAUGAUGAUGAUGAAGAGAGUGAAGAAGAAGAAGAUGAUGAAGAAGAAACAACUGUUCAGGAAAUGACAAAAGGAGAGCCAGAGGCAAAGAAUAGUGAUGUGAUCUCUGAAGAACAACAUGGAAAGGAACCUGAAUUCGUAAAAGAUGAAUCAGUACCGGAUGGUGUACAGAAAGAAAUGCUUACAGCUAUUUUUAACUCUGUUUCUGAAGAGCAAGAGAGUCCCAAAGCUCAGGACCCCUCUCCAGCUGAAGAAGUGAGAGAAGAGGAGGCAAAAGAGGAAAGCAAAUCGAAAGGCUUGUUUGGAACAAACGGAAGAAUUUCUCUAUUCAAGAGAAGGUCGAUCCGAGAAGACAAGAAGCCAGAAAAAAAGGGUGAAGUGAAACCAGUAAGCACUCUUCAGGAAGACAAGCCCAAAGACAAUCCAAGCGGCUCCUCUAGAAACCUGGAAAACAAAGACCUCAACCAGAACAACGCUGGGGAGAACACUACAGAGCCCACACAGUCAGUCCAGGACGGUACUGAGAAAACACAACGCACCCUGGAAAAGAAGUCACGAUCUGCAACAUGUACAAUACUCUGAUUUUGUGUAUAUAUAUAUAUAUAUAUAUAUAUAUAUAUAUAUAUAUAUAUAUAUAUAUAUAUAUAUAUUAUAUAUGCUUCUCGAAAGCCACUAGGUGCUGCAUGUAAUGUUCAAGCACUGAUUUCAAAUAGAGGGAAGUUACUACGCACAAUCGUGAGUUAUGAUACAUGCUGGAUCACCACCACAACUUGUGGUGCUAAUUUAUUAAUGUCAAAUAUUGGGACCUUUACAUCACAAUCAUUACUGUUUGAUUUUUGGUCUAUGGGCAACAUUUUUGUGAAAACCUUUGUGUGUUUUUGAAUUUGUGAAACUCAACUGUACAUAUUUUAUGUAACACAGAGACAUUUAUUUAUAUAAAUAUAUUUCAUGUAAAAGCACAAUUUGCACUUUAAAUUGGAACAGUACAUAAUAUAUACAUAUAUAGUUCUAUAUAUGAUAAUAUGUUUCAGGGACAUUUUUUCACCAGUUCUCAUUGCAAAGCCUUAUCACCGCUUUGUGUUGAAAAGUAUUGGUGUUCUGACAUCAGAUAUACUGUAUUGAAAGGCAGCUCUUUUUCAGAAUAUGUAUUUUUUCAUUCACUACCUACUAAAAAUUGGUAUGAUAAAUUAAUCCAUUUGGCAGUAUCAAUGUUGGAAUCCUUUUUGAUUUAAAUAGAAUAUAUUAAUGUUGGAGUAUUGCCUUUGUUUCCCCUCAUGUAUCAGGAUUAUUAAGUUUUGAUCAGGCCACUGACUUUGUUGUUUCACCUGAUAUAUAAAGUUAGGUACAGAUGUUUAUCAGAAUACUUGUACGCUCUAAUUUUCAGAAAUGGGGGUGCGGUUUAAAAAAUUUCACACUGUUUCUUUUGGCACUGAUUGGCUGGGACUCAUUGUCAAUAUCUGAUGCGCUUUUCGUCUUGCUUUGUGGGUAACAGCCUAAAUUGAAGCAACAGUUAUGUAAUCAUGCCUUAUGGAGAUAUAUAAAAAAAAAAAAAAUACUCUCGACUUUUUUUCUCUUAGCAUUAUCUAUUUUCCUUAUAACAGGUUUAACAUUUUUUAUUUACAUUUUUUAAUUGUAUCUAUAAAACAUCUGAUCCGAUCCAGCAUAAAUUAAUUUCAGGUGAUCCACGUAUUAUGGAAACCUGAGUCACAAAAACUAGGAUUUUUUUUUUUUGUAUACAUUCUACUGAUUAACGGGUUAAAGAGGGUCUUGACUGUAGCAAUUGCAUGCCUCAUCCAGCAGAGGGCACUGUAGAUCAUAGCAAGGAUCUCCUACUCUGCUCUACCUAGAUUUGACACUAGUGCAGGUGGCCUGUAUGCUUUUCCCCCCAAAAAAUCAUAACAGUAUCAAGUUCAUGAAUUCAAUCCAAAUGGAAUUUUACUCCCGGUGUUUUCUUGUCAUUAUAUUGUCAUUGUAUCACAAUGAUUUUUAAGAAUGUGUCAUUUCCCCUGCUUUUAUGGUUUAAUGUUAAUAGUCCAGGUGUUAUUAUUCUCUAUUCUUUACAGAUCUAAUAAAGGCAGCGCUCACAGCAUCUAAGGCUUUAGAUACUAUGUGGUAUUUUUUUGGGGUGUUAUGUUGGAAAAUUUUAAGAGAUAUAUUUACUUCUAAGGGUCAAGUUGCAACAAAAUCCUGGACUGGUUAAAACACCUGAAGAUAUUAGCAGUGUUCCCCUUGUUGUAUUAUUACUGCUCCAUGCUGCUCUAGAGACAUAUAAAGUGCAGCUUUUGAAUGUUAAACCCUAUUAUGAUACUAUAUCAUUCCAGUAAGGUAAUAUAGGGUUUGAAGAAGGUGUGAGUACACUUUACACUUGAAGGGCAGUGAUAUGCCCUGUGUGAAAUCCAUGUUGGGGGUAGUAAGGUUUUCCAGAUUGGCAUUGAACUAUACCAGCCGUCUUUGAAUAGUUCAUUAUGAAAAAAUCAUCCUCUGUUCUUUCAUGUGACAAUCAACAUAAAUACAUGUCCCACUCUGUGCCAGAUGUGCAAUUUCCCUGAAGCCCUGCUAUUAGCUCAUUGGCACUUAUAAAAGAGUCUUCUAGGUAAACAAAUGUUGCGAUUUUAUUGAAAUCAAAGUCGAUACAAGUCCUCUAAAUUGUAAUCACAGUGGAGCUUUAGUCGCAUUUUUCUAUUGGACAUUUUUAUUGUAUAAAUGUAAAAAUCAGGGGCACUGGUUUUUGCCCAGAGAUCCAAAGACAUCGUCAGGUAAGCAUUAGGGGUGUUCAUAGUUUUAGACUUUCAACAUUUAAAGGUAAUCACGUGUUAACAUUUAGAAUUGUGCCUAAAUGUUUAGUAGUUGUCGACAAUAUGCAUUUUAUACAGUGGUAAUGGAUUUAAUAUUCAAUAUUUAUUUAAACUCUCAUCCAUGUAAGCAAACAUGUUGUACAUCUCUAGUCUUACACAAGUGUUUAUACAAAGUAACAGCACUCUAUUGGAAGUCCUUCUGCGUUGUUAAAAACAUUCCUACUGUGUUAUAAGCAUAAAUGUUUUUAUUGCUCAAGUUUAAACAUUUAAGAAAUUAAACGUAAUCUAACACCCCUGUUAAGUACUGGUUAAUCGGAUAGCAUAGUCAGGGUGUUAAAAACAAGCUUCAUUGCUGUGUGGGAUACCUUGGGUUUUCAAUAACAAGCAAGUAUGCAGAGGGGUUGUUUUUAAUCUGACUAUAGAGGACUCACUGAAAAAACAGUUUAACUGUGUUUUAAAAAACGAGUCCCCCAAAUCAAGGUCUGUUUUUGGUUGAGUGAAAGCGCAGCUUCUGCAGAAUAGGUCCAAUUAUAUACUGUAGGUCAUAAGGCAGCAGGGGAAACUGAUCAUAGCUCUACAGUGAUUGAAAACUGGGAAGAUUUUCUUUUGAUUAUUACUUCAACCGGCAGUGGAGAAAUAAUUAAGUUCUCCUCUGCAGUCUGUACAGCUGGCAUGAAUAUGUUUUCAUAUUGCCUAUUCAUAAAACAUUAGCAUGUCAGUAAAUGCACAGAAGCUUUAUGAAUACGCCCUAUUGUGAUUUGAGGCCUUAAAUGACACUUUGUAUAUAAGGUAUAUUUUUUAGAAGGAAAUAAAAUCUCUUGUAGUUUUGAUGUUUAUUGUGUUGUUUGCCUUUUCAUUAAAUUUGUAUGGCUGUACACCACUUUGUAACUCAACUUGUAUCCAAUGGAAAUAUGUAUUUACAUCUUGUUUGAUACCAGGAUGUGUUUUCUGGUUUUAUGUCUAAUUGUGCUCAUCUGGCAUGUGAAUGCGACAUAUACUUCAGUUUAUACUUGAAAAAAAUAAAUAAAAAAAUUAU